AUGAAUAAAAAUGUUGAUAUGGAGAUUGUGGUGCUAAGUGAUGACGAUGACGAUGAUAACAUUACUGGAAGUAGUGAUCCAAGAGGAACGGCUCCAGCGCCAACGACAACACAAGCAACAACAGCGGCAAUAGCAACAGUAGCAAAUGCAAAAGCAGUAACUAUGAUAAAUGCAGGAACAACAACAAAUGAGCCGGCGACGUUUGGAGUCACAGCGUCAAUUAUCAAUGAACGUCCAAUUGAUCUAAGGUUUCUUUUAAAAAAAUUUGCAUCAUGGAAACACGAUCUAGUUGAGAAAAAUUUCGCGCUUCAAGCAGAUCCAUUUAAAUUUUCGUUCGAAACAAAGAAAAAUUGUGAAAUUGUACAAAAUGAAAGAAAUCAAAAUCAGCAACAGCAGACAUUAUCACUGCAUUCCAUUGGAAAUCCAUGUCUGACCGUACCCAAUAAAACAAAUUUGAUAAGUAAAGUAACGACCAAUGAAAAUAAGGAGAAUGCAGAAACGCAUAUUCAGCAUCGUCGCCCCUUACAGCAGAGAUCACAAUUUGUAAACAGUUUUGACAAUGCUGGCAAUGAAAAUCGACCAAUUAUCACAAAAACUGAACUGAAAGGGGGAAAAUCAAAAUCAAAAGGUAUCAAGAAAUCGAAGUCAUUUAGUCAGAUUUGCGUCGAAAGUUGUGAUCGGAAAGCACCAAAAUUUGCAGCAGUAGAGUUCAGAGCAAAAUUCAAGGCAACCGUGGCUUUCGGAGAUUAG